AUGCCUUCUUCGAUGUUCGGAUACUUCGGCCUAGGCACCAAAACCAACCCAGUGCCGCCAACCGUCGAACAAGGAAAGAAAAUCACCUCCGCUCCCAUCCGAGCCUUGCCGGCGCCAUGGUAUACAUCACAGGACAUGUACGAAUUCGAAAGACGCGCAAUCUUCUCUCGCCGAUGGCUCUUCAUGACCCACCAGUCCCGCCUUGCGAAUGCCGGCGACUUCCUCAGAUUCAAUGUGGCGGGAUUCGACAUCAUCAUUGUCCGGGACCGCAAAGGCUCCGUCAACGCUUUCCACAACGUGUGUCGCCACCGUGCCUAUCCGUUCCUGGAGAAGAGUGAAGGCAAUGCCAAAAUCUUCGCUUGCAGGUACCACGGGUGGUCUUAUGGAUUAGAUGGCAAAUUGGCAAAGGCACCCGACUAUGACCUCCUUCAAGGAUUCGACAAAUCAAGAAAUGGCCUACUUCCUAUCCACACUUACAUUGAUGUGAACGGAUUCGUAUGGAUCAACAUGGACGCUUCCGCCCAGCCGGAGGUUCCGUGGACCGAGCACUUCGACGGCGUCGAUCAACAGGAGCGAUUCAAGGACUUCAACUUCGAUGAUUAUGUCCUCGACCACACGUAUGAACUGGACGGCUCGUACAACUGGAAGAUUCUGGCGGACAAUUUUAAUGAAUGCUACCAUUGUGCUACCACGCACCCGGAUGUGCCUGCUUUCCUCUCCAUCGACAGCCAUGACUGCGAAGGCAAGGCGGGCCAUAUCCAGCACGACCAAGCUCCGACUGCGGAACAGAAGGCUCAGGGCUUCAAUGUUAACAGCACGUAUUACUUUCCUAAUGUCUCCAUGUCCAUAUCACCACAUUUCAUGAUGAUUCAAAAAUUCCUGCCAUCCGGCGCAAGCUCAUGCAAAAUGCACUACGAAGUCUACCGCAACAAGCACUCCGCUGACAAGGACUUCAAACUGAUCGCCGACAUGUACGCUCGCGUCAUGUCAGAAGAUAAAGUUUUAUGCGAGCGCGCGCAAAAAAAUCUAAACGCAGGGGUGAUUAUGAAUGGCGAGCUCCAUCCACGAUGGGAGAAGGGCCCGUUGUUCUUCCAGCAGACUGUGAGGGAGGUCGUUACCGAGCACUACAAGCGGGAGAAGGCGGCGGGGCAUGAGAUCUGGCCUGCGCGGCAGAAGUUGCCCGACGAUGCGCUGCUGAGCCUGGAGGACAUGGAGAUUUGCAACGGAAUCUCGUGCAACACACGAAAGGAAGUGCUGGUGUGGUGA